CGAAGGGUUGGGCAGCGGACAGCACGCGGUGACAGCAGAAACAUGGGGGACAGAAAGAAGGUGAUACUGGUAACUGGAGGAAGUGGGCUGGUGGGAAAAGCCAUUGAGACUGUGGUGAACGAGAGAGGGGGGAGGCAGGAAGGAGAAGAGUGGCAUUUUGUGUCAUCUAAAGACGCAGACCUCACAAAUCGUGAAUCAACCCAAGAGUUGUUCAAACGUAUAAAGCCUACUCACGUCAUUCAUCUAGCAGCUCUUGUUGGAGGACUUUUCCGAAAUCUCAAAUACAACCUAGACUUUUAUCGUCAGAACACCAUCAUCAAUGAUAAUGUUUUGUACACAUCUUACGAGAACAAAGUGGAGAAAGUGGUAUCUUGCCUGUCAACCUGUAUUUUCCCAGACAAAACCAUCUACCCCAUUGAUGAGACCAUGAUUCACAAUGGACCUCCACACAACUCUAACUUUGGUUAUGCUUAUGCCAAACGUAUGAUUGAUGUACAGAAUAGGGCUUAUCACAGUCAGUAUGGGUGUAAAUUCACAUCUGUGAUACCUACCAAUGUGUUUGGCCCUCAUGACAACUUCAACCUGGAGGAUGGUCAUGUGUUACCUGGGCUAAUUAACAAAGUCUACACUGCCAAAAAAACCAACACGCCGUUUGUUGUCUGGGGCACAGGUUCCCCACUCAGACAGUUUAUAUACUCUCUAGAUCUGGCUCAUCUUUUUAUCUGGGUUCUGAGAGAGUAUGACAGUUGUGACCCUAUCAUCCUCUCUGUGGCAGAAAAAGAUGAAGUGACCAUCAAACAGGCAGCUGAAAUGGUGGUGGAAGCGAUGGAGUUCAAAGGGGAAGUGGUUUAUGAUACAACCAAAUCAGAUGGCCAGCAUAAGAAGACUGCCAGCAAUGCCAAAUUAAUGAAACUUUGUCCAGAUUUCAAAUUUACACCUUUUAAACAAGCGAUAAAGGAGACUUGUGAUUGGUUUGUGGCCAACUACGACACAUUGCGCAAGUGAACCAGCCUAUCAGGAGUUAGUAUUUGACUGAAGAAAUUUAUAUUUAUCAUGGGUUUUACAUGGCAAAAUAUGAACAAUGGAGAUAUUUGUCAUGUGUUUACUGAAAGUAUAGUUUUUUAUGUUAUUUAUUGACCAUUUAUGAAUUUUGAAGAUAUUAUGCAUUGGGACAACUGUUAUAAGUGGGUUCAUGUACUUGAGUUUUAUGUGAAUGGCUUUCAUGUAAAUGAGUUUUAUGUGAAUGGCUUUCAUGUAAAUCGGUUUUAUUGUGAAUGAUCUAUAGUGGGUCUUUUUUUUUCUUAGUGAAAUGCAUUUUGAUUGCUGUUUUGUGGCAUACCCAGAAUAUUUUACUGGCAGGAUGGCUGUCAUGUUUCAGUGUGAAGGAAACUGGUGAGAACCUAUGACCACACCUCAGAAGGUCCCUUGACUAAAAUGAAGGUGGUGUAAAAAAAACAGACGCUGCUAUGUGAUUGAUGAUCAGCACUGACCAGUCAUCACUGGACCUUUCUUCUGGUUCAUGGAUGCAGAUGGAUUUACUGAUUUGAUAUAGUUUUGACCUGUGAUAUAAAUUCUGUAUGUUGCAUUAUUACGUGCAUGUCUAGUACCUGGAAUCCGUUUUACAAAGUUGCUGCAGUGAUGCGUUAAGUGCAUUUACCUUGGCGUAUAUAUAUGUUAUCAUGGCCGAAAAUUGGUCCCUUGGCAAGGUUUACUGAUACCCUGUGGGCUGAGGCUAGUUUCCUCCACCGAUAAACCUGACAACUGUCUUACAUAUAAAGGUGAAGUAAUUUUGAGUAUGUUUUAAAGCCCCAAUCAAAUACAGGUUUCUUGGUGCAUCUGUAUCAAUGUCUUGACCAACCAUAAUGCAUGUUAAUACUUUCCCUACUUAAUUCACAGAACAUCCUACUGGCUAUUUCCUCAUUUUAUUCAAAUUUGUGUUUAAUACAUUUACAUAAUCAGUCUACGUCCAGCUUAUUAUGUGUUUAAAAUGCAUAUAAAUUAAGUGUGGAAUCCUUGUCCAUAUUGAUACAUUUUUUUUUUUGUGAAUGACUGUUACAGUCCAAAGAAGUCACUGAGGGUUUUGAAUGAUCUGUAUUCUAUAAUCUGUAUCAGUGCUUUGUGGUAUU